CUUCAAUGUUUUGGAUUCGCGGCUGGUGUUUUCUCUGGUUCUUUUCAAGUUAUUAGUUAAUAAGAUAUUAUUGCAAGUGACGAAGCGGAUUCGAAUCGCAUGAGAAAAGUAGGCUAUGUUUUAAAGGCAUAAGAUAAACAGGUCGUUCACAUACAUUUGACCAUGGAUGACAAGGUGACGCCUGACAUGGAGGCUCUGGAGUUGAGGUUGCAGGAGGGUGAAGUGGACUCCCAGCAGGUACUGGAGCAUCAAGUGAAGGCCAACCGGCUCCUGAGACAACAACUUGACGACCUUCAAAAGAGACUGGAUGAGAAAGAGAACCAAUUAAUUGAAGCAAACGAGAUCAUCAGGGCCCUGAGGGAUGAGGUGCAGACACUACAUAGACAGCUGAUGCAACAGACAUCACAUCAACAGCUGGAGCAGCAGACAUUGCAUCAACAGCUGGAGCAGCAGACACCGCAUCAACAGCUGGAGCAACAGACACCGCAUCAACAGCUGGAGCAGCAGACACCGCAUCAACAGCUGGAGCAACAGACACCGCAUCAACACCUGGAGCAGCAGAGACGGCUGAAGCUCACCCGUCAAAGCACAGUCGCCCUCUCACCACCAAAGAGGAGAGCACCACACAAAUUUGUGACCUUCAGAGUUUGUCUCCUCUCUGAUCCUCAUAUGCAUAUAUUGUCCCGACAAAAGGGGAAUGCCUCCAGAAAAAUCAAGGUGCCGACGUCUUUGUCUGCCAAGGAGUUCCACAGUUUCCUCAGAGGUGCGUUUCCUAGAUUGGGCAACACUGAUUUCCAGUUUGUGAAGGUAGAUGGCCACAGAAGAAUUAAAACACUUCAAGUUUCUCCAGUGACCCCAUCUGUGUUGAAAACCAGCGGAGAGCUUGGACGCUCAGCCCUGUAUAUUCUCCCAAAGGAAAUACUGGGAAAGGAUGUUUGGAACCCCAAAAAAGGAGUCAUAAUGCACAGGAGACCCAUACACCCCCUAGUGUCCAGGUUACUGUGCAGACAGAUGCUGCUUUACAGGUUGGAAAUGGUGACUCCCAUGAAACCAUGGAUACAGCAGAUGCUGAUACCAGUUCUAAUGCCUCAGAUUGCCAUAGCGAUCCCGAUCCUGAUGAGCCAGAGUCUGGUAGCUCAGGACACAGAAAGGUCACCACAAAGGUCACACAAGGACCAGGAUGUUCCAUCACAGAGCCCUCAGCUGAGACCUCCAUUAGAAACCAGUAAGGACCAGGAUGUUGCAUCACAGACCGCACAGCUGAGACCUCUAUUAGAAACCAACAACGACCAGGAUGUUACAUCACAGACCCCACAGACACCUCAGCUAAGACCUCCAUUAGAAACCAACUGUGCCCUCAAGACUUCGGUGUAUUCAAGCCCAGCAAACCUCCUCCUCAUUUGCACCUCAGAGGACGAUCCAGAAGACCGCCCAGUGUCUGAUGUUGCAGAGGGACCAUCCCAGCAGGUGCCCUUGCAUGUGGUGUCAGUGAAUCUUGAAGACUGCCGUGGAAUGCUGGGGCCCGAUGGAGUUUAUAAGAUACAAACAGAAAACGGGGACCACGGUGAUGAAGGCAGCUCUGACUACGAUCAACGAUGAUGAUGAUGAUUAUGAUGAUGGAGACGGUGACUAUGACCCCACAACUGAAGGCUUGGACUCCUGUUCUGAUGAUGGAGACACCGCAUGUGCACCCGAGGAGCAAAGAAGAGAUGGACAGACAGAACAGACAGAGUUGGAACAGAAGCUGCAUUCCUGCAGUGAGUGUAGUAGGACCUUUUUCAAACUGAACUCCCUGAGAGCUCACCAAAGAAGAUAUCAUAAAAAGACGUCGCCUUCUCACAGUCCCUGUGAGUCUAGAGCACGAGGACCAAGGAAGACUCGUAAAUCCAAAGGCAAGACAGGCGAGAGAAAAACUGACCGUGUCAAGUCUCAUGAGUGCAGGGAUUGUGGAAAGGCAUUUUCGUUCCCAAGCCAGCUCUCUGUUCACCAGAGAGUGCAUACCAGAAAAAAUCCGUCCGCUACUGCCGUGUUGGAAAGCACAGAGUCAUCCAACAGGCCAUCGCCUAGCAAGAAAAGUCUCAAGAGUGCCCAGAAGAGUGUAAAGAGUGUGGCAAAAUGCUUUCAAACACAGGGAAUCUCAAUCUUCACCAAAGAAUCCACACAGGAGAAAGACCUUAUGCAUGCACAGAGUGUAACAAAGCUUUUGCACAGUUAGGUAACUUGCGUGAACACCAAAGAAGGCAUACGCAGGAUAGACCAUAUCAGUGCUCCAUUUGCCCAAAGACAUAUAGAACAAAAUCAUUCUUAAAAAUACACAUACGUUCACAUACGGGGGAAAGACCAUAUUCUUGCACCCAGUGCACAAAGAGUUUUCCUAGUCCAGCUGCCCUAAGAAGUCAUCAGCUCAGUCAUACAGAAGAGAGGCCUUAUCUGUGUUUGUUGUGUGGGAGUAGAUUCAAAAGUACAAACGCCCUUAAUAGCCACGAGGCAACACAUACAGCAGUCAAAUCUCAUCCCUGUACACAUUGCAACAAGACUUUCACAACUAAUGCCAUUCUGAAAACACACUUAAGAACUCACGCAGGUGAGAAACCAUAUAAAUGCUCUGAGUGUAAGAACAGUUUUACUCGUUUAUCAAAUCUUAUAAAGCAUAAACUGCGACACACAGGUGAAAAGCCUCACCUUUGCUCCGUUUGCGGGAAGGCUUUUGCUCGCCAAGAUGCUCUGAAGACACACCAGAGGGUUCACACUGGAGAGAAACCUUACCAGUGCACCAACUGUGGGGAGAGGUUUAGCUACAUACAGAGCCUGCAGUUACACCAGAAGAGGGAGCACACCAUCGGGUAGUCUCACAAGUGUUCACAAUGUGGGGACAGUUUUGAAAUAGGACAGGAAUUCAAAUCACAUGAACGUGUUCAAAGAGUAAGUGGACAUACUCUGGCCUUUGGUGUAAAUUACAUUACAAGAGUCCGUUGGCCAGGAGUGGACCAAUUGUGC